AUGAGCGCCGUAUCACGCAAGUCACGAAUGGCCACCAGUGUGGCCAGAGUCAUGUACACCAAUGCAGUCUAUUUCCCUAGCAGCAGAAUAUACCAAGGUGAUUCGCCCGGAAUGCUCAAUUACGGCUGCAUCAACCACGUGUAUUAUGCUUAUGCCAGUGUGACUGCGGACGGCAGUGUGUUUCUUGGCGAUGAGUGGGCCGAUGCAAGAGCGCCAGUGGAUGGCGUUCAGGGUGGCUUGGGAUCCUUGAUGCAUCUCAAGCAGAGGCACCCUCACCUGCAGGUCGUCUUAUCUAUUGGCGGCAGCACCGCGUCCGAGGUAUUUCCCAUUGUUGCGUCCAGCACUCUGCUCAGGGACAACUUUGCCCGAUCUGCCCUUGGCCUCGUUGAAGCUUCCGGACUUGAUGGCAUCGACAUUGCUUGGGAGUUCCCGUCCGAGGCUAAACAUGGCCACGACUUCCUAGCCCUGUUGGCAGCAGUCCGGAUUCACCUGCCCGAUGACCGCUUCAUCUUGACAGCCGUCCUUCCCGCGGCGAAGGAGGUGCUCGACCUCAUCGAUCUAAAGACGGCAGCCGAGUACCUUGACUACAUCAACCUCGUGGCGUAUGAUUUCUUUGGCACAUGGACAUCAAAGAGCGGUCACCACGCACAGCUAUACACCAUGAACAAGGACGAGCCGUCGGCGUCGUCCGGCGUGGCACAUCUCAUGGCCCAGGGAUUCCCCCCCAAGAGCAUCCUGCUCGGAAUCCCUACGUACGGACGGAGCUUCCUCAAGGCCAACGGGCCCGGACAGGAUUUCAACGGCGUAGGCGGCCAAGACGGCACAUUCGAGUACAGCGAGCUGCCACGGAAGGGAUGCAAAGAGAUUGUGGAUAGGCGCUAUAUUGCGGCCCAAUGCGUCGGCGGCGAUGGGGGGUUUGUCACCUACGACAACCCCGAGACGGUCAAGGUUAAGGCGGAAUUUUGCAAGCAAAAGGGAUUAGGGGGGCUCUUUUACUGGAACGGACCGGCGGAUUCUCGAGAUCAAGCCAGAAGCCUGAUUGCGGCCGGUUUCCGCGCUCUGCAUACCUCUUGA